UCAAGUGAAAAACCACAAUAAUAAUAAAUCAAAAAAUUAUAGGUUUUCUUUUCAAUCUGGACAAUUUCAAAAAUGUAUUUUGUCUCCAUUAGAUUAUCGAAAAUUGUUCGAUACUGGUCGACAAAAUAAGUUGAUAGAAAACAAAAUUGAAAAUUUUUUUUUCAACGAAAAAUGAUUGCCAAUAAUCUUGCUAGUGCAACGAAACAAUUUCAAAUUCGUGAUUCUUUAGUUACAAUUCUAGUCAACAAUGAUCCACAAGUACGUACUUUACAUAAUUUUUGUUGGCUUUGUUCAUUUGUUUAUGCUGCAACAAAAAUUGGUGAUUAUUUAUUCAAUGCACAAAAAUAUGAUGAAGAAUUCAAAUUUGCAAUGGAAAUCAUUCAAAGAAACGUAGUGGACAUUUAUAAUGGUUUAUUUGUAUGGAUCAUUAUGAACACCGUUGUUUUUUCCCUGCAUUAUUCAUUGGUUUUAAUCAAUAAUUUUAAUCAAUUUCAAUUACUGAUUGAAAUAAUCGAUGAUAAUCGAAAUAAAAAUAAUGGAUCAUCAAUUGAAAAUGGCGAAACAAUCGGUACUGGACAAUUGUAUAAACAAUUUCAUUCCAGACAACAAUCACGAUUAUAUCAACGAUUAUUGAUCGAUAUAAUUUAUAUGUUAAUUACAUUGAUUGGUUUGAUUGUUUUUUCUACCGCAUCCAUAUUGAUGUAUGAUUUUCAAUUUAUUGGAUCAAUAAUGAUUAUGGCUGAAAUGUUUCGUUUGACGUUGAAAGCACAUUCAUUUUAUGUGGAAAAUCGUGAUUUACAAAUAUCGGAAGAAGAAUUACAGCUAUUAAUCAAAAAUCAAUUGAUACAAUCUAGAAAUUGGUUUAAAAUUUUCAGCGUUUGGCAAUCACGACCAAAAUUCAAUGCUUUUUGCUACUUUCUUUUUGCUCCAACAUUAAUAUAUCGAAAUUCAUAUGUACGAACCAAAACGAUUCGUUGGAAUUUUGUUCUAAAUUAUUGCUGUCAAAUGAUUUUCAUUCUAGUUGUUUGGGUAUAUAUUAUACUGUCUUGUACGGUCAAACAUCAUAUGCAUAGAAUUGGUUCACACGUAUAUUAUUGGCGUGAUUUGUAUGGCCAUUUGUUCACCUUAUGGAUCGUUGGUGUAUUCAAUUAUUAUUGUUUUUUCUAUACAUUAUUUCAUUUAUGGCAUAAUAUUACUGGUGAAUUAUUAAGAUUUGCUGAUCGUCAUUAUUACGAGGCAUUUUGGAAUGCACGUUCAUUGAAACAAUUCUAUAGACAAUGGAAUCUAAUCGUUCAGGAUUGGGUCUAUCAUUAUGCUUAUAAACCGAUUAAUCAAUGGACAAAUAAUCGUUGGAUUACAACUAUUAUGGUGACAUUUGUAUCGGCCGUUGCGCAUGAAUAUAUUAUCGCAAUAAGUUUACGAUUCUGUUUUCCAUUGAUUUUCCUUUGUUUCGGUUUUUGUGGCUUCAUUUUAGACAUGAUAAAUCAUUAUCUAAAAUACAAAAGAUGGCAGAAUAUGUUGUUUAUAUUUCAAUUUUAUCUAGGAUUCGGUUUGAUGACAUUGGCAUAUUUUGUUGAAGUACUUGCACGAAUUGAAUGUCCGGAGAAUUCAUCAUCAAUUUUACAAUAUUUCAUACCAAGAAUAAUCACCUGUUUAACGUUGAAAUGA